UGAGACUCCUCAACCGUCAUUUCGGUCCUUCCAUAGGUACAUUCCACGGAUUACGAUAAUGUCCGAAGAAAUGGUACCCUUGACGGGCGGUGGCCCAGCGACUGACUACAACGCCCCGUUCCAAGUGACCAUCGAUGCGGGGGCCGCCGCGUCUGGGAUGAUCAACUUUUCAGUCAAUGCGUUGGCCAGAAUUUCUCACGCCGGAAUUGACCAUUUUGCUUUUGGAGUCAGCGUUCUGGUAGGAAAUACCAUUCCCUGUACCACAGCGGGUCUGGAACGCUUUUAUACUGCAUUGAGCACUGCCCCUGUUCACGCAGGGUUCCAAAAAGUGCUCUGGUUUGGAUUCGGACACAGGACUCCCAUUCAGAUCCUCACAGGAACAGAGUCUGGAUGCAGGUUCGCCGCCCUCAGUGCCUGUCUUGCUGAGGUCUACUCAGUCAACAUGGCUGCUGGCAUCAUGCUGGAGUUCACUCGCAAAGCCAUAGGGCACAUCUCGGACUCGCAGCAGAAUGCACUGCCAUCACGACUCCAGAUGACGCUGCUCGUCGAAAAGUGCGCGGGUAUCUUCUCCGCUAGCAGCUUCCCCCUUUGGGCGGAGCAGUACAUGUCGUUCGAUCGAGAGGCUGUUGUCGGACAGCACGCCUGGCGACACGGUUCCAACCGGACCCGGCGAACUCGUGGUGUCGCGAGCGCUGCGGAAAUCGCCAAUGCACUGCAUGCGAUCAUGGACAUCCGCGCCGGCUCAACAAGACACCUCACCCUUAUAGGGGUCGCAGACGCCGCAUUGAUCGCGGCGAUUGGAGCCUGGCUUCUGGAGUUGAGGGUGAUUUUGUACACCAGCGAGCGACAGCAGGACGACGAUGUCUGGUUUCGGAAUUUCCGUGAGGAGGAGGAUCCGCACCUGACAGUCAUCUACUCGCGACAGCCCACAGGAUCUGCUCUCGUUCAACGCGAUCGGACGAUUCAAAUAUCGGACAUGACGGCUCUCUUCAAGUCGCACUCGGAGCUGGAGCCCAGCCAUGACCAUGUCGUCAGUGGCCGUGUCCCGUGGGAGGAAGCAUUGGAGAGGACGUUCGGCGAUACUACCACUGUCCUGCUGUCGACGCGGAAGCAAUCAUUUGCGUCGGCUCUCGGUAGCGCUGCGCGCAUUUUCUCUGCACUAAAUGAAGGUGAUCCAGAUGUCCCGAGGGAUUGGCUACGCGCUGGGACCAUGUACUUCCCUGCGAGUCAUGGGGCGGACUUUGUCCAUUUUGCCGGCAGGCGAUUCCCAGAGCUGGCGGACUCGGACUUGUGCAGACAGGCCCUACUGUCUGCCAACGCCGAAACGUACCAGGAGGCGUGUGCCGCCUUUGAAGAAUCCUUGUCCGACCUGGCAUCCUGGUGUCGGUGCAAGCCUUGCUGCCAGAUCCAGCGCGACAGCCAGCAGAGUCCCGAGGGCCAAGGCCGUCCUGUCUCCCAACGCUGUCUGGUAUCACUCGCGGUCACAAUAAUUCGGCUUAUUCGCGGCCUCUCUGGAAUUAAGGUGAUUGAGGGUCUAUGCCCUACAAGAAAGGGUCUCGAGUAUAUUGAUAAAUUGCAACAAAUCCGGGUGGCACGGGUGGCGGGCUUGCUAGACGCACAGGACGUGUCCGUGGUUAAAAUUAUCGUCGAGCGCGGUAUCUGGGAUCUGAUAUGGACCGAAGCCUCGCCGUUGCGUUUCGCCGAGUACUUGUUCCGGGCCAGCCAGUUCGCAGAUGAGGAAGAGGGGCCCGGGGUGUCUGCGAGCUCCAGGGACGGCAUCUGUUUCUACCUCGACAUCUUGAGGAACCCCCUCGCCGAGGAUCCAACGGCCCUGUGCUGGGUCAAUGUUAUUCCCGGACACAUUCAGUUCGAGGGUCGACUCUAUAACCGGGUUACUGAGAAGACAACCGAUCUAUAUAAUGAAGGCGCCCUGUGGAAAAUACCGUCAGACUGUGUUCCCUCCAAAGUGUUUCGCAUCUUGGAACGCUGCGCAGGAGGCAAUGUCAUGCUGGAUGUGACGGACAGGACGGGGUCGGACCGACAGCCGACGUUGGAAGUGUUUAUUGAAGUCUUGCGGAUUGCAGAGCGCGAGGCCACGGUUGGUCCGUGGAUAGUCGUCCACAAUAUUUCUCGUGGACUCGGCCGAAUCAGAUGCCGCAAUGAGGGUUGCAACGAAUCAAAGACAAUAACGGGCGAUAUUUCAAAGGUCAUUGAGGAUAGGCCGGUGCAGACAAUUACAGUCGGUAAGAGCAAGGUCUCCUUGUUCGAGGAUGACCCAGUCUCCCGGCUUGUGGUGGCCUCCAACUGUUGGGAGCCCUUGAUUCAGCGAGAGGAGUGUUUGGCAUGUUCUGUGAGCGCUGGUUGCAAGCAAGUGUGGAAGGAAUUCGCUGUUCUAUGCAGGCUGCAAAGUAUCCGUCCCCGUAUGAUUAUAGGCUAA